CGAUGACGGUCUGACAAGUGGAUCCAAGAUGGCGUAGAAAGUAAAGCUAGACGGUUUGUCCCUAAGUCAUGGCGGACAGGAGAGCGGAGAAGUCAUGUGAAGAAGCCAGUAGAUCGUUAGCCAGGCGGGAAUACGAGGCGGCAGUCAGCCAUAGCACGGAUGCCCUGGUGGUCCUUGCACCCCAACCCCCAUCCUCCAGCACCCCCAUCCCGCUGAGUCCUCCAUCUCUUGUCGCUGCCGCCGGACCCCUCCGCAGCCGUGCCCUGCUCUACCGAAUUGCUGCCUUCUUGCAGCUGAAAAAUUAUGAUGAAGCAGAUGAAGACUGCAAACAUGUCCUGGCAGAAGAAAUUGCCAGGGGAGAUGGUUCACUACAGGCGAACUUGCGCUCCAUGCUGUUGGAUGGCAGCCUGCAGGAGGUGGCCAGCAUCCUGUCUAAAGCCUUGUAUGGAGAGCCAAUGAAUGGUAUUGUUGCAAAAGACCUGAGCAGAUUAAAAAUGCUCUUCUCUGAAAUAGAGGCUGUAAAAGGAGAGAUGGCACCAGAAUACACAGAUGACCAGGAUGAAGAGGUCCAAGAUGGCUGGCGGUUCCGACCACCUCCAAGAGGAGUCACGAGCAGUGAGGAGUACACCCUUUGUAAAAGGUUCUUGGAGCAGGGCCUGUGUCGGUAUGGGGCCCAGUGUACAUCAGCUCAUUCACAGGAGGAGCUUAUGGAGUGGCAGAAGCGCUAUGCUUCACGCCUCAUCCGCCUCAAGCAACAGCAGGAGAGUAAACACUUCACCGAAAACUACAUGGAGACCUUAAUAGAGAAGUGGAUGAACUCCCUUUCUCCAGAGAAAGUGCUAAGUGACUGUUUAGAAGGAGUGAAUGUAGAGACCACCUCUAGCCUCUCUGUCACCGUCACCACCAAAAAAUCCUCCCACUCCUGGGUCUUCUCCUUGUUGUGCAAGCCGCCUAGAAAGCUGUUCCGGAUUGCUCUCCUCUAUGAUGCCCACCGACCACACUUCUUCAUCACAGGCGUGUCAGCUGGAGAGCGGCUCCUAGGUGUUCCCAAAGGCUGCCAAGAGUGGACUUCAGGGGAGGAGACAGCAGUGGCAGCAGACAAUGGCCUGGACCACUGUGUCUACAAGGUCGCAGUGGGUUUCAGCACAGAAAUCUUUGGUACCUUCCGACAGACCAUUGUUUUUGACUUUGGUUCAGAACCUGUGCUAAUGCAGCGGAUCAUGGUGGAUGCUGCCUCUAUUGAAGACUUGGAGCACCUGUUGGCAGCCAGACAGCAACUCUUGAUGACUGCGAAACGCUGGGACUCAUCCUGUAAAACCAUUGUUGAAUUCAGUCCCAAUGAGACGAUGGCUGAACUGGAGCGCAGCCUCCUUUCCCGCUAUCAGAUACCUCUAUCAGCAGACCAGCUCUUCACCCAGUCAGUCCUUGACAAGACUCUGACCAAAGACAACUACCAGGCCCGACUGCACGAUCUGCUCUACAUAGAAGAGAUUGCACAGUACAAAGAAGUUAGCAAGUUUAACAUCAAGGUGAACCUGCAGCUCGUCACUAGCUUUAUGCUGACUGGCAUUUCUGUUGGAGCAAAGUAUGCUCAGAAUGGACAGCUUUUUGCACGUUUCAAACUCAAUGAAACACUUUCUGAGGACACACUGGCUGGGCGGCUAGUGAUGACCAAGGUAAAUUCAGUUCUGCUGCUACCUUUGGGCCGUGAAGCGGUCAACAGCCAGCCGCCUCCUGGAGUGAAAGAGCGUGUUUAUGAGGCUGUGAUUGAGGAGAAGACUAAGGAUUACAUCUUCCUAAGGAUCUGCAAGCACUGCUGUGAGGAACUCGGGCUGCAGCCUGACAGAGAACUACAGGUGGAGCUCCAGUUCCAGCUGAACAGACUGCCACUCUGUGAGAUGCAUUAUGCCCUGGAUCGCAUCAAAGAUAAUACUAUCCUUUUCCCUGAUGUUAGCCUUGUCCCUACUAUCCCCUGGAGUCCCAACAGGCAGUGGGAUGAGCAGUUGGAUCCUCGUCUGAAUGCCAAACAGAAAGAGGCCAUCCUGGCCAUCACCACACCCAUCUCUAUCCCUUUGCCCCCCAUUCUUAUCAUUGGGCCCUAUGGUACCGGCAAGACCUUCACCCUGGCACAGGCUGUAAAGCACAUCCUCCGCCAAGACCACAGCAGGGUCCUGAUCUGCACCCACUCCAACAGUGCGGCUGACCUUUACAUUAAGGACUACCUUCAUCCUUAUUUUGAAGCAGGCAAUCAGCAUGCCAGACCUCUCAGGGUAUACUUCAGGAACCGCUGGGUGAAGACGGUCCACCCAGUGGUCCAGCAGUACUGUCUCAUCUCCAGCACACAGGUCACUUUCCAGAUGCCCACAAGGGAGGACAUCCUCAGGCACCGCGUGGUGGUGGUCACCCUCAGCACCUCCCAGUACCUCUGCCAGCUUGACUUGGAGCCUGGUUUGUUCACUCAUAUCCUAUUGGAUGAAGCGGCCCAGGCCAUGGAGUGUGAAACCAUCAUGCCUUUUGCUCUAGCUAGUAAGACAACCCGCAUCGUGCUGGCCGGAGACCACAUGCAGCUCAGUCCAUUUGUGUACAGCGAGUUUGCACGGGAGCGCAACCUGCACGUGUCCCUGCUGGAUCGACUGUAUGAGCACUACCCCCCUGAAUUCCCCUGUCGUAUUCUCCUUUGUGAGAACUACCGCUCCCAUGAAGCUAUCAUCAACUACACGUCAGAAUUGUUCUAUGAUGGGAAGCUAAUGGCAAGUGGGAAGCAGCCCUCCCAUAAGGACUUCUACCCUCUGACCUUCUUCACAGCAAGAGGAGAAGAUGUCCAGGAGAAGAAUAGCACUGCCUACUACAACAAUGCUGAGGUAUUUGAGAUCGUGGAACGGGUGGAGGAGUUGCGCAAAAAGUGGCCAGUGGCCUGGGGGAAGCUGGAUGAAGGCAGCAUUGGGGUGGUGUCACCAUAUGCUGACCAGGUGUUUCGCAUUCGUGCUGAGCUACGGAAGAAGAGAAUGCCUGAGGUCAGCGUGGAAAGAGUGCUCAAUGUCCAAGGUAAACAGUUUCGGGUGCUGUUCCUUAGCACGGUGCGUACACGGCAUACCUGCAAGCACAAGCAAACGGCCAUCAAGCGCAAAGAGCAACUGGUUGAGGAUUCAACAGAGGACCUUGACUAUGGUUUCCUGUCCAACUACAAGCUGUUGAAUACAGCCAUCACCAGAGCCCAGUCCUUGGUUGCAGUUGUGGGAGAUCCCAUCGCGCUAUGUUCUGUUGGGCGUUGCAGAAAAUUCUGGGAGCACUUUAUUUCCAUUUGCCAUGAAAACUCGAGCCUACAUGGCAUCACCUUCGAGCAGAUUAAGGCUCAGCUGGAGGCCCUGGAGCUCAAAAAGACCUAUGUCCUCAACCCAUUGGCCCCAGAGUUCAUCCCUCGUGCCCUUAGGCCCCUGCAAGGACACCAUUCGUCUUCACAGGCCCUCCAUCCCCACCAUCAUCCACAUUCUCAGCAUGCACAGCCAGCCUCCAACAAGCAGGGCCCCCAGCAGCAGCAGCAGUCACCUCCUAAGGGUAAACAUGCAAACCACACAGAGCAUCUCCCACCUGAAGGAUAUGUCCAACCAAACCCAGCAGUGUUGAUGGGGAACCCUAUUCGGGCAUUCACACCACCUUUGGGUGGCACACCAGCUGGUAUGGGCAAGUCACCUAGUCCUGUGCAGAGGAUAGAUCCGCAUACAGGUGCCAGUAUCCUCUACGUUCCAGCUGUAUAUGGUGGAAACAUGGUCAUGCCCAUGCCCCUGCAUUUGCCCUGGCCAGGUUACCAGAAUCGCUUUGCUGUGGACCCUCGCAUCAUGGGUCAUCCAGCAGCCAUGGCUUACAACUUUAAUCUGCUGCAGCCACCAAAUCGAGGCUCCCCCAUACCUUAUAGUGGGGUAGCACACCCCUCUCCUCUAGGACUAGCCCAGCCAAGCCCAGACAAAGAGCCUUCUGACCCCAUCAGAAAUGGUAAAUUAGAAGGAUGUUCAAAGUCUGAGCAGAACCAUCUUCAGACACCAGAAAGAAAAACCACAGACAUGAAGGAAAAACAGGGAGACUUAGACGCAGGCCAAAGUCGAAGUCUGGAUUCACAGACAGAAAGCCUAGUUGGAUUUCCCAAUCCUCUGCUCCACCGAAAAGACCCCUCAGCUGCCCAAAGACCUCUUAACUUCCAACUUGCGCCACCUAGUACACCCUUUCCUUCAAAUCCGAUCAGUGGAAGAUCCUUCCCCCAGCAGUAUUCAGUCACUAGGCUUCCUUAUCGGGUUAGCCAGCCUCAACACCCAGGGAUGGCCCAGCAAAAUCAGCAGCAGCAACAGCAGCUCAGUCCUGCCUACACUGGUGGAAGCCAUAAUGCGUCUUUUUUCAGUGGCCCUAUACCCACUCACAGACCUGUCCAGUCCCCGACUUUGAAUGGGCCAGACUCUGGAGGAGUAGAGGAGAUGAGUAGCUCUGUUAGGACUCCAAUGGGCCACCCAGGAGGCCACCACUCAGGCCUGUCACAGCAUAACAGGGUCAGCAGCUUUGGGGAUGAGGGACAGGAUGGAAACCCAGGAGAUGGUUUGGAUCUUCAGGGACCCUUGGCUCUAGAGGCCCUUAGCCAGCAGCAGGCAGCUAGGCUGGGCCAGUGGGGGGAGGCAGCAAGCCCUUUCAUCCAGGCCAGUGUUGCCUUUCCUCUGCCCCAACAGCUUGCCCACCUUGCUCAAUCCAACAUGGCUCGCUUCCCCCAUCAGCUGCUUCGGGCAGGUAACUGGGGCCUUAGUUCCAAUCUGGAUGAUGAAGCUGUUCCUUCUGCCUCGACCGGGCCAACUUUCAGCAGGUACCCAGGUCUCUUGAGAGAGAUGGCUCCACAGGAACAGCCUGAGCCCAGGGAAGCAGUUGAGAUGCAGCCCCCACCUCAGUCUCGCCUCCUCCAGUAUCGCCAGUCCCAGCCCCGUGGCUCGGGUGACCCUUCAUCCUCUUUAGGUGCCAUUUCCAAUCAAGCUGGCCCUUUUCCGUCAGGACUCUACCCCCAUGACACAGGUCGGGAUCUACUGAACGAAAACCUUCUUAACAACCAAGGUCUGCAGCAGCACCCGGGGAAUCCCCUGUACAAUACUGGUAGCUUUCCACAUCAGCCACCAGCUCAAUCUGCCAGCCCCCCUCCCGCCCAAGUCAAAUACCUUCUGCAAGAGGCCCAGUGGCCCCAUGGUGGAGCUACAUCAGUGAGCCCACCACAGCAGAACCCUCUGAUGGGGAAUCAGGGCCACGGCCUUCCUUAUGGACUGCCCAUCAUGGCUCACCCUAGCAGGCAGGAGCAGGUUCACCUGAUGCAGCUUCACCAUCAGCACCAGCAGCAGCAGCAGCAACAACAACAACAACAACAACAGCAGCAGCAGCAACAACAGCAACAACAACAACAACAAAAUCAAGGUCCAGAUCAGGAGCCCUACCACCCAUUAUCCCCCAGAACAUCAGCAGCCACAGCACAUCACAAUGUAGAUGAGUAUGAACCUAGAGGUCCUGGGCGGCCUCUUUAUCAGCGCCGUAUCUCGUCCACCUACCCAGAUGAAUCAUCUCCAGCCAACACCCACAAUACCCUGUCACAGCAAUCCCAGCCUUGUGCAUCAGAUACCCAGGACCACCCUCAUCCUCACAUACAGCAUCAUCAGCACCCACACGCCCCCUACAGCUAUCCUUCACAUGACCACCUCUGGCCAAGUAAUGGAGGCGGUCCGGGUCCGUUUCAGAACAUUCCAUGUAACGGAGCCGGCACACUCGCUCAGCAUCGGGACCUUCUAGCUUCCAAGGCCCUUCGUCAGGCAGAGGAGCAUGCAAAGGCAGAAGCCACAGGAACACAGCAGACACAUCCACACUCCCUCAACUCACUUCAGCAUCAGUUUCCUCCUCUCAUGCCCAACAACAAGCAGCAGCAGCAGCCUCAGCCUCCCACCGAGCCCAACGAGGGGGCUCCAAAUUUAGGCAAACAGCCUACCAUGUCCUACGCGAGCGCUCUUCGCGCUCCACCUAAGCCCCGGGCAGUUCGGCCUGAACAGGUCAAGAAGAAUAGCGACCCCCUCUCCCUCCUACAAGAGCUGAGUAUAGGAAGUUCAAAUGGUAGCAAUGGGUACUAUUCCUAUUUUAAAUGAGUGUCACUUCUCCCACAUAAGUGAAUAAGUAAUAAUUAAAAAAAACAAAAAAAAAACAAAAAAAACAAAUAAAAAAGAAAAUUAUAAAAAAGGCAAAAUCAUUUCUAAAAACACAAAAAUUGUGCAAAGUGCAUUUACAAGUUGUUUCUAUCAGUAGGUUGGUUUUAUGCAUUUUGUUUCAUUUAAACUUUUUAUUUUUAACAGUCAUUUUUUUUCCUCCUAUUUCACAUAUCUGUGAAGAAAAUAAGUAUAUAUAAUGAAUGCAUUACUGGUAUAUAUACAUACUCAUUAUGUAUAUAUGAAUAUAUACUUAUAUUAUCUACACUUGUAUAUGUACGUAAUGCUAAAAAAAAAAAAGCAAAAAACAAACAUAAAAAAACAAAAAAAAAGCUCAAAAACAAUGGUGUCUGUUGGUUGACCACUUAGCUACCCGCUUGUAUUUUUCCUUAUUGAAGUUGUUUUGCGAAAUAAGUAUGUUUUUAUUAUUUUUUUAUUCCUCAGUUUCGAGUGGACAUUACUUAUUGAUUUUCAUACUACUGUAGAUGUAAUGGACAUAAGCUAAGUGGUCAACUGACACAGAAACUACAUGGAACAGUGUAUAGAAGUAGAUAAAUUUUGCUCUAAUAUGUACAUAUAAAGAAAAAAUAAAAGACUGAAUCGUAUGCCACAGACAUGUCCUUAAAUUCCUGUAUCAUGCUAGCAUUUGCAAUAUGAGUUUUAAAGUUUUGUUUUUCCUGUUUUUAGCUUCUGAUCUUUAAUUCUUAGACAUCCUUACCUGGGAAUCAUCUUCAGUCAUUUUUAGUAGAAAAUGUGAUUAUUUAUGGGGAAAAAAUUACAAAUAUCGAUUGCAUAUUUUAGCUUUCACCAGCUUUAACAUCAAAGCAGCAACAACCGUUUCAUUCCUCCUCUCUUUGCGUUAAAGAUCAGAGAACACCAUCCUUUUCAGUGAUAAGAUUAUCCUAGACUGCUUUGCUUGUGGCUGACACGCAGUUACAUGAAUUCUUUGUUGUUGUCGUUGGUUUUAUUUUAUUUUAUUUUAUUCUUUGUUUAAGACCGACAUUGCAUCGUGGACGUACUUUGCAACUCAUGUCCAACAGUAUGACAUUGUUUCAGUAUAAUUACUGGAGUGAAAUGGUUUGUUUGUUUGUGUUUUGCUAUUGGACAGAGUUCUGUUUUUAUUGUGUUGUUUUGUUUGAAAAGGUUCCAGUACUCUGAAGGUUUGUGUAAGUGAAGAAAGGGCAGUGAGGUCAGAGUAGUGUGUCUAACAGGCAAACUGAGAAGAUCUAGAAUUGCAGUCAGAUGUUUUUGAACACACUAAAUUAUUGGUCUUACGUAUGUUGGAACUUAAGAGUAAACACCCUGAAAUGUUGUAGGUGUGACACUUUUUUUUCUUUUUCUUUUUUUUAUAUGCUUCUUUAUUUUCUUUAUAGUAACAAUGAAUAGAAAAUUGCCCAAAGUUGAUGAUAGACCUGUUAUGUUAACCUGAUCUCAGAUGAUUUGCCAGUUUCUUGCCACUUAGUUUUAGGCCAGAAUGUCCAAAGGUUUUGAAGUCCUUAGGAAUAAAUAUUACUUACAUCUUUUGUUGUUUUGUCGCAAACAUUGGUCAUUGAUCAUUUCCAGUCCUGCUCAAAGUCAGCAGCUUUUCCAUGAGCUGGGUAUUUUGGAAAUUCAGAGUAUGUAAUAUCAACCUUUUAAAACUGCUGAAAAGAAAAAUGAAGAGUAACAUAGAACUCGCUGUUCAGAAACCUUUGACUGUUUUGCUUUUAGGGUGUGAAUAUAAAGAAUGAAUUGGAAAUGUUGGGUUUGCUCCUCGUGGUUCACAGAACCUUUUUAUUCAGAUUAGAUAUAUUAACGCUACUGCAGUAGACACAUUGCAUUCUCUUUAAUCUAACUGAAAUUGCUCUGAUCAUGCUUUGCAUUUCACUACGACAACAUUUUUCUAUAUUUGUAACAUCUUAAUAAAUUACAGGAUGAAUCAUGCCGCUGAGUUACUCAAAAGGAGUUGACACACAAGAGGAAGACACACGUACGUGCACAUGAAUUUUAAUUGAAACCCAGCUGAUUAGAGUCAUGUGGAAAUGAAGUAUAAAAAGAUGCUCGCACACUGUAUCUGCCUAUUUUAUUUAACAAAAAAAAAAAAAAAAAAAGCGACAAAGCAAUAGUGACAACAGUAGUCCAGUGCUCAGUCCUGUCAUGUAAUUCAUGAAUUGUUAACACAUCACUGCCCCAUCUGCAAUUUGCUAAAAAGAAUAAAUCGCCCUGCUGUUUCUUGGCUUCCACAUGGUAGUUAAUCUCUCAUAAAUCUCUCUAAAGGUCACUUCCUCAGAACCCCACUGCUAAUAACUUUGUUUUCAGCAGUCAGCAGAGAGCUUCGUGCACGGUAUGGUUUCAUUUUUGUCACAUUCUAGCUCAAAGGUCCAGAUUUUUUGACUUUGCAGAGAACACAUACUUGUAAAUAUGCAUUUUCUAGGUAUUUACAAACAACUUUGGGAACGCCUCAAUUUUGUAGAAGCUGUUCAAAGAAGAGGUAUGCCCUUUUUAAUUAUGCAAAUUCACACAAAAAAAGAAUUCUAGAAAUGGACAACAACAACCCGGUUGGUAGUUGCAACAUCUUGGAACUUUUUAGAUUUUUUUUUUGUUGUUGUUGUUGUUUUGUUUUGUUUUUUGUUUUUUUGUUUUUCUCUUAAAGAUGGUGUCUGGCUUAUUAGGCAGAGGGGACAUUAUGUUGCAGCUGUUACAAGACAACUUCUUUCACUGUACAAUGUGUAUUUUUAAGUACAUGUUGCUGGAUUAGUCCUUUCCUGUUUUCUCACCACUUCCCAAGCUGUACAACAAUCAAAAUGGAUUUGUUUUUAAAUGUGAAGUCUUUUUCUUUUCUUGCAUGUUGAGAUGAUCUGGCUGGUUUUUAUCCCUGUUUUUACCAGUUUGUAUUGAUUUAUCGAUGGAGGAAAAAAAAAGAAAAAAAAAAAAGCUUUUUGUUUAACCUACAGAGUCAGAUUUUGGUAUAUUAUUUGAUGUGUACAAUAACUUGUGACAUUAUCAACAAAUCUAUUAUACUAUUUUACUAAUGUGUGAAUCAAAUAUGUAAUGGUCAUGUUAGGUUUUUUUGGUUUAGUUUUUUUCUUUCUGCAGUUAGUUGGCAGAUGUGAAGCUGAGGUUGCUCCCUCGUGUGUAUUGAAUUUAAAAUACUUUGUUUAGGUGAUCUGUUUUCCACACAAUAGUUGCUGGCUGGUCUCUGAAGUUGUGCAAUACUAAUAUUUCACCACUUCUAUAGAUACAGUUUUGGUCUUGAAGCAGAGGAGAUCGAGCCUUUUUUGUUUGUUUGGUUGGUUGGUUGUUUUUUUUGUUUUUUUUUAAA